GCAAGAUGGGAAGAUUCUCCAUUCAGCUGCUGGUGUUAUUGGGUUUCCCACAUCUAGUUUGUUCACAAGUUUCUGGUCAUAUUCCAGAGCCACAGCAGGUGAACUUCAAGUCUACUGACUUCUACAAUGUUUUACAAUGGCAGAAAGGCAGCCACUAUAGCAACAAUGCAGUUUACAUCGUGCAAUACAAAAUGUAUGGAGAGAGACAAUGGAAUAAUAAGACGGAGUGCUGGAAGAUUAGGCGGACAUACUGUGACCUCACACAAGAGACAAAACAUUUCAUGGAGCCACACUUCGCAAGAGUUCAAGCCCAAACAGCCAACGGCCAAUCAAACUGGGUCAUGAGUGAAAGGAUUAUACCCUUUUGGGAAACUGCUGUUGGUCCGCCAAGGAUUAAACUCAUACCCCAGGCAAGAUCAAUAUUGGUGAAACUGCUCAUUCCACGAACACCUUUCAGAAGUAAAAAUGGUUCCUGGAUUACCUUGGAUAAACUAUAUAAUGAUGUUGAAUAUCUAAUAGAAAUUUCAAGCAAUCUGGUAGACAAUAGAUCUGAAUUGUACACAGCAACUGGUAUCACCUUGAACAUACGGAACCUGAAACCAAAAACAACUUACUGCGUGCGUGCCCAAAUUAAGAUUCCCAUUUUCAGCAAAGUCAGUGAAUAUGGUGGAAAGAAAUGUGUGACAACCUUUCAGGAUAUCCAAUAAGAAGCUGUAAUAGCAAGGCAACGUGGAAGAGGAUUGUCUGAAUGUACCUUUAUUAACUCUAUGAUCAAAUCAACAAAGGAAUAAAUUGAAAAUUGUUUACAAAUUCUUAGUGGCUAUCAAC